AUGACUGAUAGCGAUCAAGACGACCUAUUGGAUNUAAAUGACAUAAAUGAAACAGUGGUCGUGAAGCAUACAGGCAGUAACAAGGAGACCCUGACUUUCUAUUUUAAUGAUGUGUAUUGUUGUAAAGUGCCGGUGUCUAUGAUUCCGUUGGAGGUACUGGAAGGUAGCAAUCGGUUAUCUGAGGCAAUAAAUCGGCAAGAGGAGUUGUCAUCUCCUACGAGCAGUGAUGAUAGGGUUUGCAAGAUUUACUCGUCACUAACGGAGGAGCACUUUGUGCUGUUAUUGGAGUAUUUAACGGGUUACAAUCAGGCUCGAUUUAAUACGGGUGUGUUCUCGCUGGUGAUGUGUCGGGAGUACGCCAAAUUGAUUGAAGCGUUGCUUCACUGGCAGGUCACACUCAAGGAAGGCACACUGCCGAAUCGGCCAAUGUGUUUGCAUACGGCAAAGUACCUAUACACACCCAAGGGCUGGAUCUUACCUAACUUCAACUUGGUACAAUUGCGCUGGGUCGUGGACAGCAAGAUUUACUCUUGCAAAACACCGCUAGCUAACUACUCGCCCUCCAAAACCUCCCACGAGCCCUCCCUAGGUCUCGCCGCUCAAGCUCUCGCUGCGGUUGGUCGCGAGAACGUAACCGACUCCAACAGCGGCGGUGGCAACAGCGGCGGUGGUAAUAAUGGCGGUGGUAAUAGUGGCGGCAACAACGGUGCUGGCGUGCUGAACGGCGGCAAUGGCGGCACUCUACACUGGGUCCCUGUACACCCGUUCGAAUGGGUCAGUGGUCCCUCACCAAACAAUAGCCACUAUCGCGCUAUGUUGCGGGAAGUCGUGUACGUGCGACAGGGCGGUGAGGACGAGGUUGUGGCGCACCCCGAGGCGCCGGUCGACUUGGUAUUGUCGACAGAGCAUGGACGCACAGCCGUGCACUUGACCAUGCCCAUUCUCUUCGAUGCCUUUCCCCGAGAUGCGGUCGCCGCACCCCAUUGUCAACACGUUGGCGGUUGCACACACACUCUGGGUCGGAAUCGCAUUAGGGGGGAACAUUUAUCCGACCACUUAGGGGGAGGGGGUAAGGACCACCUGGGGGGUAAGGACCACCUGGGGGGUAAGGACCACCUGGGGGGUAAGGACCACCUGGGGGGUAAGGACCACCUGGGGGGUAAGGAGAACGGGUUGUUGGAUGGCAUGAAGCGGCUGGGCUCCAGCAUCUCGCGCAAGAAGGCCUUAUCUUCCGCCUCCGCUGGCGCCGGUCCCGACUUCUCCGAACAUCCCUUCGACUUCGACCCGUCGGGCACCCAGCUCUACCCCGACCAGCUGUACCCUGACCAUGGUGACCCCGACCGUCCUGGCCGCCCUCCCUCCUUCUCCCGGGAAGUAUCUGCCGUCGCACACGCGGGAGACGCGUUCGCUGCUUCCCCCAAGAGCUACUCGCCCAGACUCUCGCUGCCGCGCCAAUCGGUGCCGCGCCAAUCGCUCGAACCCAUCGCGACCGGAGAUGCCAAGAACACAGCAGAAGCAAGACACGCGGCAGACGCGCGACACGCCACUUUCAAGAGUGAAGAUGACUAUCAAACCGCAGUGGCCGGCUCUGGGCUAGCCGGCUCCGAACUCGGGUCCGGGUCCGCGGUGGGAACGUCUACGACGCACAUUUGUUACUACUAUUUGCUACCAUUUGAGUUGACGGGUCUCAACAGUCAGGCCGGGUUCCCGCUUUGUUACUUUGUGAAAUCCGAGCGAAAGGUUUCAUCGUCUUCUUCGUCGGUGGCAAUAGGGCCGAUGCACAAGCGGAGUAGCUAUUCGUUUAACGAUUCGGGUCGCGAGAACAAUGGGCGCGAAAACAGUGGGCGUGAAGAGGGUGGUUGUCGAGAGGGGGAGGUUCCAAGUUGGCGGUUUUCGAUCGAGUUGUCGAGCACGGUGGCCAUGUCUGUACGUUCAGACGGGUUGAAAGAGGAGCCGUACACGUUUAAUGAAGUGUUGAUGGACUCUCCGGCUUCGUUUGUGUGUCCGAUGUGCUCGGCGAGCACGAGCGGCCUUCCUGGUUCCGGUCCAAAAACUCGAUCUGUUCUCCAAAGAAGCAUUAUCGGUUAUGGAGUUGCCUGCAUCCAGAGCCGUCGCUGGUGCCUGUUUUGA